AUGUCAAAGCACGGCGAAGAAAAACAUAAACGAAAAUUUCAAUCAGGAAAAAUUGGUGAUCUAACUGUCAAUAGUAAUGAUUCAACACAUCAAUUAUCUAUCCACAUUCGGCAUGGUCAUAAUAAAUUUUGGUCGGAAUCAAUUCUACCAUUAACAUUAUGCGUAGCAUGUCCAUUUCUUGUUCGAUCUAUUGUUUUCAUAUGUGAUCAUUCUCAUGGAUCUAUUAUGGAGUUUUUUUCACAUAUUUUAUUCGAUCAAACCAUGACGUUAAAACAAGUUUUAGUCAAUUUCUUUUACUUUCAAUGGCAUUGGCCAUCAGCACUGAUUAUAAUAUCAUUCUUAAUAUAUGCUGUUAUUAUGACAAUGUUAAUACCAGGAGAUGAAUAUUCAGGACCAAUAACAGACACAGGCCAUGUACCAGUUUAUCAUAAUAAUGGUUUUACUUACUAUGUAAUAUCAUUAAUUUUAUUUGCAUUAUUAACGGCACUACUUAAAUUCAAUAAUAUUUCUCCUACAUACAUAUAUGAUCAUUGGGAAGAGUUUCUUUCAACUGUGAAUACAUUUGCAUUUCUUUUAUGUUUUCUCGUUAUUCUCAAAGGUAAAUAUAUGCCAUCGACAAAUGAUCAUCGAUCAUCAUCGAAUUGGUUAACGGAUUUUUAUCGUGGAGUUGAACUUUAUCCAAGAAUAUUUAAUAUUGACAUUAAACUAAUAACAAAUUGUCGAUAUGGAAUGUUAUCAUGGGCACUUCUAUCGAUUAUUUUCUGUAUGAAAACAUUUGAACUUCAUGGUUACACCGAUAGUGCAUUAGUUUCAUGUUUAUUAACGCUUGUCUAUUUAACAAAGUUUUUCUGGUGGGAAUCUGGUUAUAUGAAAACUAUGGAUAUUAUAGUUGAUCGUGCUGGGUUUUAUCUAUGUUGGGGUUGUCUCGUAUGGGUAUCUGGUAUUUAUACUCUUCCAUCGUACUUUCUUGUUACACAUCCAAAUAAACUGGGUCUUAGUUCAACUAUCGCCGUUCUUGCACUAGGUUUUCUUUCAAUUUAUAUUAAUUAUGAUUGUGAUCGACAAAAAAUUGAUGUACGCACAUCUAAUGGUCAAUGUGAAGUAUGGGGAAAACAAGCUACUGUAAUUCGUGCAAAAUAUCUUUUACUAAACGGUAAAGAAUCUGAAAGUAUUCUUCUUGCAUCUGGUUAUUGGGCUUUAUCACGACAUUUUCAUUAUGUACCUGAAUUAGCAUUAGCAUUUCUUUGGUCAUAUCCAUGUGGUUUUCAUUAUAUUUUACCAUAUUUUUAUUUUAUAUUUCUUUGUGUAUUACUUAUACAUCGAGCUCAUCGUGAUGAUCAAAAAUGUCGACUUAAAUAUGGUGCAGUAUGGGAUAAAUAUUGCCAACUGGUUCGAUGGAAAAUAUUUCCAGGAUUGUACUAA